AUGGGCUGGGUAUACAACCUCCACGAGACUGAUCCAAAUAGCGAGAUCUCUCGAGUGAUCGCAAUCUGCUUGGUGUGCUCAAUUCUAGCUUUCCUGUGCAUAUGCCUGCGAUUCUAUGUGCGAAUAAGCAACAAGCGUUUUCCAUGGAUUGAUGACUAUGCGGCACUGGCGAGUUCACUGUUAACGUUGGCAUACGCCGGGAUCGCUGUCGCUCAGACACGAUGGGGUCAAGGACUCUCCGCCGCCUAUUUUCCAAAGGAGAAUGUUAUUCCAUUUAGCAGGAUUCAAUAUACCGGCGGCCCGGUCUACUGUCUCGCUGUCCUUGGAUUCAAAGUCGCCUUGUUAGCCUCGUACCUGCGCAUUGCGGGAAUUAUCAAACAGUAUCGCAGAAUCAUAAUUGCCGCCAUCGUUGUGUGUGUCGUUAACCAAUUGAUUUUCGCCAUUAUCAUAUCAGUCUCCUGCAUACCGGUCGCAAAACAAUGGGAUACUUCUCUCAAGGGGAGUUGUAUCAAUACCUUACCAUUCUAUUUUGCUCUUGGGGGCACAAGCAUCGUGCUAGACCUGAUAAUCAUCGCACUACCUCUGCCAGUCCUUUGGAAACUCCAGCUCCGCCUCAAACAAAAAGUCCUCUUGGGUUGCCUGUUUGCUCUCGGCUUCUUCGUGACCGUGAUCCAGAUAAUCCGCAUCCUCACCGUUUGGGACUUGAAAACCUACACCGACAGCAAGAAUAUCGUGAUCUGGUCUUGUGUGGAGAUCAGCCUGGGUGUUAUCAUCGCCUGCAUUCCUACGUACGGACCUCUGUUCAAGUCCUUCGCUUCCACUGUGAGCUCAUACCGAAACCGCGACACUUCGCGUACUUAUGCGCUUGACUCUGUUCGCCAAGGAACGGGGUUGGGGACAGGGACAGGGCAUGGGCGCAGAAAGAGCGAUUUCGACCCUAUAUAUGAAUCCGAAGGGCACCAGGUUACCGAUAUUCGAUCCGGGUCGCAAUCAAAUGAUGGGAAUAGCGAGGAGCAUAUUUUAUCGGAAGUGGACAACUUGAAAGUUUAUGUGACUUCGGAGUUUACAGUUAGGUCUGGCGCUGCUCCUUGA